AUGGUGUUACCGCUACUCCUUUUUCCUGACGGAGAUACGCUUUUGUACAUCGACCCCGCGCCUGAGGACGGAGCUCCGCGCCUUCGAAAGCCGUCAACCGUUCACCGAAUCCAUAGCGACAGGCUUUUGGCCACAGAAUCAGAUUAUUUCAAGCGCCGGCUAGGUCCAAGGCAGCAGACUAGAGUUCGAAAGCAGCGUGGUUUUCCAGACACACUGCCCGAAGGCAUCAAGUACGUCCUGGAUCUGACGCCCCCAACGCUUGAAGAGGAAGCCAUUAUCUCAAUGACCGAGGUCUCCUGUCCGAUGGAGAUUCGAACAUGGGCAAGCUCCAAAAAUAUAUGGAAUCUCCCUUCUCAGUGUGUUGGGGGAACUGAUGAAACGGAAAUGGUGGAAGAGGCUUUUUUCCCUGUUGCAGAGGAUUAUUCGCUCAUGGAAGAGAAUCAUGACUACCAGGACUGGGAAGAUGAUGCCCGAGAGGAGGAGGCGAGCGAAGAAAAGGAGCAAGGGCCUCCUCGGAUGUAUCAACGAGCUGGCUUGCCGGUCGAAUACUCGGCUGUGCGCCAUCGAGAUGGUAUUGAACAGGUUUUGCACGUCCUGGAAGGACUCAAUGUCACCCUCGACACCCCGUGUAAGCUGUGGACAUUCUUUGCAGUAGCCAAACUUUUCAAGGUUGCGACAUUUCCUGCUGUGGCAGACUUAAUCAGCUCCUGGUUCUACAUGGAGAAUAACACACGGUUCAUCGAGGUUCACCCGCAGAUUGCAUAUCGCGUGGCAUGUGGGAUCGAGUCUCAGACCCUUUGUCGGAAUGCAUUUGUUGGCUUGGUUGGCGACGAGGCCCUUCUGUAUUUGAUUCGAGCUGGUCAACUGAAACCAGUGAAGGCAUGGGAGAAGAACUUUGCUCGAAGCCGAGCCGCCGAGUCGUUGGAUGAUUCCGAAAUGCAACGCGUCGAGUAUGCCAGCAAAAGCUUUGCGGACGAGGUCAUCGGUCAUUUCUUGCAUCUGGCUGGGGCUGAGAUGAUCUGGUUAGCAGACCUCGGGGAAUUCCAGAAGCUUACACAGCUAGCCCAAGAGAGUCCUGCUAGUAAGCCUAUGGUUCUUGACCUGAUCUCAAAGCUGAGAGAUUACAUUCGCUACACAAUCUACACAGCUCUGGCUUCAGUUGGGGACACCUGGCGAUCCUGUGAUUCCGUGCCACCCGGACAUCAUGAGGCAUACCUGCUUGCCUUCCGACCCUGCGAUCUUCUUCAGCGUAUCAUCGGCAGGAGAUUUUGGAAGGCGCUCCUGGUCUUAGAUUUUAGGUUAAGUGAAAUUUUUGACUCCAAGGAUCACCACUCGAUUGCCGAUGUCGGCAACGGAAUACUCGCUUUUCUAGGCCAGGACACUGCACGAAUUCACAAUAUCUCGCGUGCAUGGCUCGGUCAGCGUGUGGAUGUAUUCAACAGCACUGUCGCCGUCCGAGGCAACGCAGCCACCAGCCCGUGGGCUGCAGCAACUCAGAUAGCGAACGAGAAACAAUGGUGGACAUCCAACUCAAAUCUUCGUUGUCCUCUUCCGUUCGCCAACGCACUCAUUUCAACAGGUAACGUUCCUGUCGCGAAAUCUCAUGUCCCAACCACACUUCCAAUCAGAACAGUCGCUGAAAGCAGCGCCUUCACGGAGAUUGAUGCGAACACGUCACUUCCCUUGAGACCCACUCCAUCUCAGAAGAGCCCGGUCACUUCUUCGUCAGUUCUCAUCGCAGACGAAGUCGACUCAUCCGCCCAGGACUUGAGAUCGGAAGGAUCGUAUGUUUCGGAAACCCUUGAGAGCAGGAUGUUCAAUCUCCAAGAAUUCUUCGCACAGGUGUCAUCAUAUAUGAGCACCUAUUCACGGAAACUCCUUUUUCCUUGCAAUGAACAAAACAUAUCACUGGAGGCAACACCCACUUUGACCUGCCUGGGGGAAGAUCAAUACCAGUAUCUCCCAUUGUGGGCAGGCGGUAACGACGAUAAAUCCGGCGGUGUGUAUACGGACCACAACAUUCCUUUUUUGAAUAGGGGUGGCUUUUCUGCGCCAGGUCCAGCAGUGCACACUGGUAGCGCCGCCUCGAGUUCUUGUUCUUUUAGCGACAUCAACCCGAGUGAUUCUAUGAGCACUGUCUUUGGUGCCUCACACCAUGCUACUUAUUCUCACAUCUCCGAUCUCAUAUCAAUCAACUCUGCUGAUUCUGCCCAAAACCUUAAUGGAGGAAUAGCAGCCGCGCAUCUGGCGCCUAGUGACGUCGAAAGUUCGGUGCCAUCGGUCCUGUCCAUUGAAGAGGAGUUGGACCUGGACAAUGGCAGUGACGGUGCUGGUACGGUGACCAUGGGCUCUCCUUGUCUUUCUGAUGAUCUCGGCAUUAGUAUGGAACACCCUAGGAGCGAUGAUGAUUUUGCCGUUGUGGAGUUCGAGCUUCAAGAUGGCUCGCAUAGAGAGAUGAAAUGUGAUUAG